CCUGCUCGCUUCUCCGAGCACUCCAUUUCCCCUAGACAUUUACAAUGUCCGUCACAAUGAGAUCGGCUAGGCUGGUGCGCAACAAUUCUGUUUUGCGGCCAGGUCUCGUUGCCCGAACUCGUUUCAGCGGCGCAUUGGGUGCUGCUUCCGCCGCGAACCUCCGGCUGAACGGGAGAGGCCUCCCAUCCCAUGUGCAGGCUAUUGCGCUUCUGAUCCCUCAACAACGCGGCUACGCUACAGAGCAAUCGACAUCGUCAUCGCAAUCUUCGGAAUCUUUUCCCCCUCCCGGCUUCAACGCGGAGCAAGCCAAGAAGCCGAUCCCUAAGGAGCAAAAGGAUGCUGCAGUGCAACCGGCUGGUGCUAAGGAGAACAAACAGGUUGAUGCCGUGAGAUCGGAUGACAAGAGCAAACUGACCGAAGUCGGAGCAGCCAAGGCAGCUUUGGCCGAGGAUGAGAAGAAGGUUUCUGAGGAAAAGAAGGACCUGAAAAAAUUGACUCUGGGACAGCGGUUCAAGAAGGAAGCACAGCACUACUGGGAUGGAACAAAGCUUUUGGCUACAGAAGUCAGGAUCAGUUCUAGAUUGGCAUUGAAGAUGGCCGGCGGGUAUGAGCUCAGCCGAAGAGAGCACCGACAGCUUCAACGAACAGUCAAGGACUUGGGUCGUCUGGUUCCCUUUUCCAUGUUCCUCAUUGUUCCCUUUGCCGAGCUGCUACUUCCCGUUGCCCUGAAGUUGUUCCCUAACCUGCUGCCCAGCACAUACGAGGGUCAGAAAGCACGCGAAACUAAGGCAUUGAGCUUGAGCUCGACACGGAAGGAAGUUUCAGGGUUCUUGAAGAACACAUUGAAAGAAACCGGCCUGCCCCUGACUGCGGCGACAGUCAAGAACGAGGAAUUCGCUGAAUUCUUCAAGAAGAUCAGAACCACCGGAGAAGCUCCAUCGACCCAGGACGUCAUUAAGGUGUGCAAGAUCUUCAAGGAUGACCUGACUCUGGACAACUUGUCCCGACCCCAGCUGGUUGGAAUCUGCAAGUACAUGAACCUGAACUCGUUCGGUACCGACGCCAUGCUCCGAUACAACAUCCGUCACCGUAUGCGCCAGAUCAAGCGUGAUGACCGUGCGAUUUUCUACGAGGGAGUGGAGUCGCUCUCGGUUCCCGAACUGCAGAUGGCCUGUGCCUCGCGUGGUAUUCGGACCCACGGUGUCUCUCCCGCUCGCCUCCGUGACGAUCUGUCGAUGUGGCUGAAGCUUCGUCUCAAGGAGGGUGUCCCAUCUACUCUCCUGGUCUUGAGCAACGCCUACGUGUACACACAAGGUGGCAAGGAGGCCGAGAUGUCUUCUCAGAUCGAGUCUCUCCAGUCCGUUCUGUCGAGUAUCCCCGAGGAGUUGUUCCACGAGAUUGAGCUUGAGGUGCACAACGCUGAGGGUGCUGCCACUAACAAGCAACGUCUGGAGGUUGUCAAGGAGCAGCAGGAGCUCAUUGAGGAGGAGAACGAACAGAACAGCGAGAACGAGGAGAAGGGUCUUUCCGCCCCCAAGGACAUUGAGGACAUCGAUGACAAGGAAGACACCAAGUUUGAGGCAGCUUCGAAAGACUACGAGAAGCAGACUGCCGAAGCGAACGAGGCAAUGAGCGAAGGCGAAAAGGCUGAGGAGAGCUCCAAGGAGAAGAAGGCCGAGUAAAAAGCAGACUUGGUCCGAGUCUGAAGUUGAAAUGAAUUGUGGCAUAGACUUUAUUACUUCUUUCUAAUCUGUUUCUGCUCAUGUCUACUUACCCUUCUCAUCAUGUUUUAGUGACCAUUGUUGAUAGACUCUUUGUUUGGCACCGGCCCCGCCUUCUUUUGGUUGAUGAAUUUUUUUUUUAUUCU